GCGUGCGCGCGCGUCGCCCGCAGUCUCGGAAGUUCUUCCGGGAGCGGGCACUGGUGGUGGAGGCCAUGGAGGCUGAGCUUCCCCCGGUGGAAGAGCGACGGCGGCUGCGGGAGGAGCUCAGCGAGUUCGUGGAGAGCUGCCGCCGGACACUGGAGGAGGUGACGGCGUCGCUGGGCUGGAGCCUGGACCGGCUGGAGCCCGGGGAGGAGGCGGCGGCGGCCGAGGAUGAAGUUGUGAUAUGCCCGUACGAUUCCAAUCACCACAUGCCUAGAUCGUCUUUAGCAAAGCACAUGGUGUCUUGUAGAUUGAGGAAACUGGGCUACACCAAGGAGGAAGAGGAUAAAAUGUAUAAUUCUGACUUUUUCUAUGAGAAUGCGAACGUACCUUCAAUUACUUUGAGUAAGGACUCACAAUUCCAGAUAAUUAAACAAGCGAGAGCUGCAGUUGGAAAUGAUGGUGAUUAUUAUAAUCAAAGGGUGUAUUCUUCAUUGCCUGUUGAAGUUCCUCUGAAUCACAAACGGUUUGUUUGUGAUCUCACUCAAGCCGAUCGUCUUGCUCUCUACGAUUUUGUAGUCGAGGAAACAAAGAAAAAACGCUCAGAUUCUCAAAUUAUCGAAAAUGACAGCGAUCUCUUUGUAGACUUGGCUGCCAAAGUCAAUCAAGAUAAUAGUCGAAAAAGUCCAAAAUCUUACCUUGAAAUCCUGGCAGAAGUGAGAGAUUACAAAAGAAGACGCCAGUCCUAUAGAGCUAAGAACGUUCACAUAACCAAGAAGUCAUACACCGAGGUGAUCCGGGACGUGAUCAACGUGCACAUGGAGGAGCUGAGCAGCCACUGGCAGGAGGAGCAGGAGAAGGAGGUGGAUGGGGCGGACAAGAGUGAAGAAAGACGAUCGGCCUCAGUGGACUCGAGGCAUUCCGGGGGGAGCCAUCUGGACGGCGAGUGUUCACGGCAUAGGCGGGACCGAAGUCGGAGCCCACACAGGCGGAAAAGAAAUAAGGACAAGGACAGAGGCUGGGACUCCCGGAGAAGGAAGGAGAGGGAUGGGGAAAGACAUCACAGUCACAAAAGAAGAAAGCAAAAAAUGUAAAGCGGAGUGUCUGUGCACACGGUAGUUAGGCCUGGGCCCCGGUGACCAGCACGCUGGUGUCUGGCAUCAUUGCUUUCAGUAGGAGCAUGUGCUUGUUGGCCGUUCAGUGCUCAUAUCGUUAUUUUUCAAUAAACACCUCUCAUACCAUGAGUACAUGAUGAUGCUCUAGGGCUUUGUUUUCCUAGUUGAUCGCCUUUUGUUGCUGAUUGUGUUUCAUUGUCUUUUUUUUUUUGUAUAAUUUAUGUAUCAAAAUAUUCUUUAAAGUGCAUAUUUAAGUUGUAUAACUAAUAAAUAAAUGCAUUCUUAUUGUAAAAAAUUAAAGCUUACAGAUAAGGCUAAACAACCCCUGGAGCACCACCUGUUGCCCCCUCGGGGAUAACCACUGGUGAACUGUAACAGAGAAGAGAAGCCAAAUACGCAUCAGAAGAGGAAGGGCAGACUCAUGUGAUGGAGCAGCGUACCAGACUGGAAGGAAUGAACUGUGUUAUCAUGACUAGAUCUAAGAGACAUGAUGCUAAAUGAAGAAAAGCAAGUUUCAGAAACACAUCCAAGUUCCAUCUGUGUAAAGAACAGCAGUGCACAUUUUCUGUGACUUCUCAUAUGUAUAUUAGUCACUCAUUUGUGUCUGACUCUUUUGUGACCCUGUGGUUUGAAGCCCAUCAGACUCCUCUGUCCAUGGGGAUUCUCCAGGCAAAAAUACUGGAGUGGGUUGCCGUUCCCUUCUCCAGGGGAACUUCUCGGCCAAGGGAUUGAACCCGGAUCUCCUGCAUUGGCGGGCAGAUAUUUUUACCAUCUGGCCACCCUAUAUGUAUGUAAAUAUAUUUUUAAAGGUUCAGAAGAACUUCCAAACUCGACAGUGGUUACUUGGGGGAGGAGGUAUAGAUGGGAGAAAGGAUGGGAGCCAGGAUUGGAAGGUGGUCAGAGGGAAGUUUAGCUUUAUCCAUAAUUAAUUUUAAUUGUUCAUGUUAAUUUUUUAAUAAUGUAGUAUUUGUGUUUCACUUGUUAAUUAAAAAUAACACUGUCCUUUUUUUUUGGUAAA